AUUAUGGGCUGUAUGGAAUUCUGAAGCUAGAGCAGGCAGACCGGACUCGAGCUCACAGCUAGCUUCGCUGCAAGCUAACGGUAGACGAAGGUAAACAUGGAGCUGUCGGCUGUCGGAGAGAGGGUGUUCGCGGCCGAAUCGAUCAUCAAGAGACGAAUACGACGGGGUCGAAUGGAAUAUCUUGUGAAAUGGAAGGGCUGGUCACCCAAGUACAGUACUUGGGAACCAGAGGAAAAUAUCCUAGACUCACGCCUAUUCGUUGCCUUUGAAGAGAGGGAGCGCGAGAGAGAAAUAUUUGGACCCAAGAAAAGAGGACCUAAGCUCAAGACUUUUCUUCUAAAGGCCCAAGCUAAAGAAAAGGCAAAGUCUUACGAAUUCCGAAAUGAAUCAUCCAGAGGCAUUACAUAUCCCAUUCCAGAGCCUGUGGUAACCCCUAGAGCAAGAGAGGGGCUACGUGCUGUGGUUCCCACAAUUUUCCCUCCCAGCACAGUCAACCGAGGGGAGAGUGUAAGGAUUCCACCUCCAGAACCAAGGGAGCAUCGUUCUUCACACUCACCCAGACCUAGCACUGAUGCAUUUACCCUCAGCCCAAAAAAGAGAGGACGGAAGCCCAAAUUACGCUUCACAGAUGGUUAUACAAGCUCCUUACAUCCAGAGCAUUCAAAAAGAGCAGCAGACGAAACCAUGGCAAGCAUUCCUUCCAAAAUGGCAAAGUUAGGUUUGGGAGAAGAGGAAGAGAGAUGCUCUGAAAUAAGUGGGAGUAUUAAGAUCUCUCACAAGCACAUGGAUGCUACUUAUUCACACAGACAAAACAGAGUCAUUCCAAGCAGGAGUACCCAGCAUAUUUCUCCAGAGUGGAGUUUGCAUUCCAGCAGAGUUAGUGCAGACUUACAGGGCCGCAGGACUAAUCCACAGACAAGCCACUUUCACCAUAAACACCUGAAGCACCAUUCAAAACGAAGAAUAUUUGAACAUGGUGAUUCCACCAGCAGACAGCCUUCGCUUAUUGCCAAAAUUCCAGUGUCACGCAUAUUUGGAGAGCCAGAGGAAGGAGAUGCUUGGAAGCCUUCCUUCAGUAAUGUGGAGAAAGUCAUAGUUACUGAUGUGACGACGAACUUCCUGACUGUAACAAUCAAAGAGAGUAGCACAGAUAAAGGCUUCUUUAAAGAUAAAAGAUGAUUCUUUACUGCAGUACUCCAGUAUGCUUCUUUCCUCUUUUUAGAAGGCCUUUAUUGUCAGAAAAUAUUCUGUGUAUUGUAUAAAAAAUCUUAUUCUGUUUUUUUUUUUUUUUUUUUUUUU